AUGCUUCUCCCUCGAUUCGCGAGAACAUUGGCUGGCCAGUGGCAUCGUCGAAAGUCGGGCCUAAUUGCCCAGCUUCUCGCCUUAUUUCUCUUCCUCCUCUUUCUCCAGACUCGGAUAUAUUCAUCUCCGGCUGAGCCCUCACCCGUUCCAGGCCCGACCUCACAAUCUACAAAUUCCACGAGCGAUCCUCCUCCAAGUUCUCUUCUCGAAAGUCAGGCAUCCUUCUGGCGAAACCUCUACCCAAUAAUAUUAAAUAACGAUCCCAAUUGCCACCAUGUCCCUGACCCGGUCGUCCCUCAAAAGUUGGAUAUUGGGUUCGACGCUUCCCACAAUCGUCAAAGACCGGACAUAUUGUACAUGGAAUCCGCCGAUAUCAAGCGUAUGCGUGAAGCACAUUCAAACUUCAUGAAUGACUUGAAGAACCAUCCUCCGAAGAUGCCAUAUGAGCCUGACACCAAAGGGGUUGUGAUGACCGCUGGUUUCAACCAACUCCCAGUCUUGGUCAUUUCUAUACGAAUGCUACGGAGGACCAGGUCCUUAUUACCCGUCGAAGUCUUCCUUGCGGACGCAUCUGAAUACGAUGACGAAAUAUGCAACCAUGUGUUACCGACUCUGAACGCAAAAUGCCUGCUUCUCUCCGAUAUAUACCGCACUGCAAGUUCAGGGGUAUCGAUCGAUCGGUUCCAGUACAAAAUCAUGGCUAUUCUGUUCUCGUCUUUCGAAGAAGUUCUCCUCCUCGAUUCCGACGCCUUCCCCAUAAACGACCCGCUUCCACUGUUUGAAGGAGAACCAUUCAAUUCUACUGGAAUGAUUGUCUGGCCCGACUUUUGGUACGCCUCCGAAUCACCCUACUAUUUUGAAAUCGCCAAAAUCGGCGAAAUUCCCCCGCUGAAUCUUCGAGCUUCUGUCGAAUCGGGUGAAAUUAUGUACUCAAAAGCCAAACAUCACUUGUCCUUGAUGCUGGCUACAUAUUACAACUACUACGGUCCAAACUAUUAUUACCCUUUACUUUCCCAAGGUGCUCCUGGUCAGGGCGAUAAAGAGACGUUUGCUUGGGCCGCUACAGCUCUAGGGGAACCUUUUUAUGCUGUUCAUGAACGUGUCAUGGCUCUUGGUCGGCUCGACUCCAGUGGUCACUAUCUUGGAAGCGCCAUGGCACAACAUGAUCCAAUUGCCGACUUCGCUUUUACCAAUGUUCAUGGACCUCUUCACGAUCGAAUCAAAGAGGAAGAUCAUGGAAGCGAGAAUCCCUCCGAGACCGUAUCCGGUGGAGUCAAACCAUUCUUCGUCCAUGCCAACUUCCCCAAAUUCGACCCGUCUACGAUCUUUGACCACCAAAUGCGAGGAUUUUCAGAUGAAGUUACAGGAUCUGGAGGCCCCACUCGGGACACCAAUGGAACUUCGGUGCGUUGUUGGAUGAGUCAAGACCGAGCUAUCGAAUUAUUUGGCGUCGAUGUUGAACGAAGGUUCUGGGAAGAAAUCAAAGGUACUGCGUGUGAAUAUGAGCACAAGUUUGGUUGUUGGAAUGGCAAGCAAGGAAUUUGCAGCCGUGUCGAGAAAUACUGGCACGACGUCUUCGAGUCAGAAGUUCCGAAUUCGACUCGUCCCUCGACUCACCCUGCUCGUUGA